GACACAAACAUUUGCAUUUGGAAAAAGAGUGAGAAGAGUCACAAGUGAAGUCAAGCACACUCAUCAAUCAUCACUCUUCACUAUAAGAAUCCAUCAAAUGAGCCAAAAUUUUCACAAAAUAAAAAGUCCAAACCAAAUCAAAAUCCAACUUUCUUCUUCUUCUGCUUCUUCUUCAGUCCUUUUCUCUGUUACAAGUUCCAAAACUUCACUCACUGUGUGCCACCUUCAAAUUCUUCGUCAAUUUCCAUCAAUUUGAAAACUUUGGCAACUUCCCACUUUUUCCCUUUCUUCUUCUGAGCUCAACCGUCCUCCCCACAACCGAACAAAUCAAAACAAAACAAAAAACACUUAGCAAUUAGUAUUCUUCUCCGUACAUCAAUUAAAUUCUUCCACCGUUUUUAUCUAUCAAGGGUUUUGAGUAUUACUAUCUUCAAGUUGUGGAUAAAGGUUGAACUUUUAGCUUGGUGGUGGUGGUGGUGGUGGUGGUGGUGCAUGUGAGAGAAUAUGGAAGGGAGGAUGAAGAAGUACCAAAGGCAAGUGAGUCCUGAGAGGGCAAAAGUGUGGACUGAGAAAUCCCCAAAGUACCAUCAGAAUAGGAAGGUUCCUGUGAUUUACUAUCUCAGUAGGAACAGGCAGCUAGAACACCCUCAUUUCAUGGAGGUUCCAGUGUCUUCCCCUGAGGGGCUAUACUUGAGAGAUGUGAUUGAUAGACUAAAUGCUUUGAGAGGUAGGGGAAUGGCUUCCUUGUAUUCAUGGUCUUGCAAGAGAAGCUACAAGAAUGGAUUUGUGUGGCAUGAUCUCUUUGAAGAUGAUCUAAUUCUACCUGCCCAUGGGAAUGAGUAUGUCCUCAAAGGCUCAGAACUCUUCGAUGAAACCAAUUCAGAUCGUUACAGUCCCAUUAACAAUGUCAAAAUGCAAAGCAUGAAGCUGUUGCCAGGGCCACCUUCUUCUAGGAGCCAUGAUGAAGCUUCCUCUUCUGAUAGCAUGAAUGGGAAAGAGAUAAAGAACUCCCAAGAAGAUGAGCUUUCCCAAGGACCACACUCUGGUUCAUCUGAUGUAUCUCCAGAGUCUAGAGAUGAAAAGAGUGACUCUCUAAGCUUGGCCUUGACAGAGUACAAAAUCUAUAAGACUGAUGGACUGGCAGACGCUUCGACUCAGACAGAAGAACGUGUUAGCAGACGGAAAACACAUAAAACUUGUACAAGGGGUGUAUCAACAGAGGAUAGAUCAUUGGUAUCUGAAUGCCAUGAAAUUUGUCGAGUUCCACAUGCGAAGGACAAUCCUGAAAUCUGUAGAGAUACCAUUUCACCGCCUCCCUCGACUUCAAGUCCCUCAUCUUUUGUGGGGAAGCCUGAAACUACUUUGGAAUCUCUUAUUAGAGCUGAUGCUAGUAAGAGGAACAGCUUUAGGAUUGUGGAAGAAGAUAGCAUUCGGAUGCCUACCAACACAAGGUUGAAAGCUUCACAUUUGCUCAUGCAACUGAUCUCGUGCGGCUCAAUAUCGGUGAAGAACCACAGUUUUGACCUUAUUCCUUCAUACAAGCCUAGGUUUUCCAAUUCAAAAUUCCCUUCUCCAUUGUUCUCAACUUCAUUUAUGUUGGGAGAGUUUGAUUGCUUGGCAGAGAAUCCAAAGCUCAUGAGCCUUAGAUUGGAAGACAAAGAAUAUUUUAGUGGGAGUUUAGUGGAGACUAAACUGAAGGAAGGAGAUGGGGAUAAUGCUCUGAAACGCUCUUCUUCCUAUAAUGAUGAGAGGAUAUAUAAAGAAGCAAAACAAGAAGAAGACAAGGAGGAACCAUCCUCAGGACAUUCAAAAUGCAUUCCACGAUCAAUUACUUCGUUGACCAAGCAAUUGCGAAGCGAAUACAUGAAAUCCCCCAUUUCUGACGAAUCGAGAAGCUCGUCUGAUAGAAUUGACAGCUCAUGCAAAUCCUCAGUAAGAUCAAAUGGUAGCAGCAAAAGAAUCACUGAACCUCUACCAGGGAAAAAGCAGUCUUAUAAGAUAGAUUCAUUUAGAGAAGAUGAGAUGAUCAAAAUUGAAGAAAGCUUGCUUCAGGAGCUCGGGUUAUAAUCCAAUCUUUGCCAUACUCUGACACACCAUCUAGCAGCUCUUAGAAAUUCAAGUUUUGGGUGGUUCCACGGCCAUCUUAAAGCCGAAAACUACUGGUUUUUGGCUUAUGGUUUGAAUUCCACAUGAUUGAGUGUAUCUUGCUAGGCCCGCAUGACAUUUUCAUAAGCCUACAAAGCGAAGAAACCGGAGAAAUACUUGCAUGCUCUUAAAGGACAUUUAAUACGUAUUUCAUGAACAUUCAUAGUGGUUUUUAUUUAUAAUGAUUAAAUCUUGUGUAAAAUCAAAGAAUGAGUGGUUAUGAAUGUUUCAAGAGUGCGUAUUAAAUGUGUUCUAAAAAUAUGGUUCGGAUCAUGUAAGUACUUUUUGAUGGGGAUUGUGAGAUCAUUGCAAAUGGUGUGGUCCCUGUGGUCCAUUCCCUCUCUUAAGUAUGUGUUGUGAUGGUUAGAGUGACUAUAGCAUUCAGAAAUGAAGUGAUUGCACAUUCUGUUGUAACUACAUACACAAAUGUAUCACAACCUUUUCACCCUUUUUUGUUCA